AGCUUGGAGGUGAUGUCAUGGCGAGAGCCCAGCAGUGGUGCUGAUGUUGAGAGAAGCUCAGGGUACCACUAAUUGAAGGAGUGAGAAGAGAACAGCUCGCUUUGGAAACCGGACUGCAGGCUAAACUGGCUUCUUUUGAAUCCUUGGAAGCAUAAAGGACAAGUAGCAGGGCUCGCAGUCUUCCAUUUGUCACUGGAGAAGAACUUAUAAUUCAGAAGAUCUGGGUCUGGACCCAGGCUGACCACUUUGGAGCUUUGAGACUCUGGGUCUAGCUCCAACCAGCUUAAGAACAAUCUCUGUGAGCAUAGCUUUCUCAGCCAUCUGCUUCCAUGCAGGGUUCAUUUGGCAGAUCUCCUCCUUGCCUGACCUAUAAAGGCUCAUUUCAGGAUCUCCUUAGACCCUCUCAACCUCUUGGAUUGUGAUCCAGUUCUGAGCUGGUGAUAAACACUCCUUGUGACUUUUGGUCAAUUCAGCUACCAGAUUCCAGCCAACAUGACCCUCGCAGCCUAUAAGGAGAAGAUGAAGGAACUCCCACUAGUGUCUCUGUUCUGCUCCUGUUUUCUGUCUGAUCCCCUGAAUAAAUCAUCCUACAAAUAUGAAGGCUGGUGUGGGAGACAGUGUAGGAGGAAAGGUCAAAGCCAGCGGAAAGGCAGUGCUGACUGGAGAGAAAGAAGAGAACAGGCAGAUACGGUAGACCUGAACUGGUGUGUCAUCUCUGAUAUGGAAGUCAUCGAGCUGAAUAAGUGUACCUCGGGCCAGUCCUUUGAAGUCAUCCUGAAGCCACCUUCCUUUGACGGGGUGCCUGAGUUUAAUGCCUCCCUCCCAAGACGUCGAGACCCAUCGCUAGAAGAGAUACAGAAGAAGCUAGAAGCAGCAGAGGAGCGAAGGAAGUACCAGGAAGCUGAGCUCCUAAAACACCUUGCAGAGAAACGAGAGCAUGAGCGUGAGGUAAUCCAGAAAGCUAUCGAGGAAAACAACAACUUCAUCAAGAUGGCGAAAGAGAAGCUGGCCCAGAAGAUGGAGUCCAAUAAGGAAAACCGGGAGGCCCAUCUGGCUGCCAUGUUGGAGCGGCUGCAAGAGAAGGACAAGCACGCAGAGGAGGUGCGGAAAAACAAGGAGCUGAAGGAAGAGGCCUCCAGGUAAAGCCCAGAGGCCAAGGAAGUUUCCAGGACAGCCGGACAGCUCCCGCAGCAACCUGGUUCCAGCAGCAUCGGCCGCUGGCUGCUCUCCCAGCACUGGGGUUCGGGGGGAGGGGGGUGGCCAAAGGGGCGUUUCCUCUGCUUUUGGUGUUUGUACAUGUAAAAGAUUGACCAGUGAAGCCAUCCUAUUUGUUUCUGGGGAACAAUGAUGGGGUGGGAGAGGGGACAGAGAGUGUGUGGAAAAGGAGGUGAAGAUGAGCCCGAGGACUUUGUGACACUGUCCACUGACUGCAGACUUGGGCCAAGGCCCCCGCUUUUCACGGCUCUGCCUGGACAUUCGGCCUCCAGGUUCCUAGUGGAGAGAAGAUGUGACAGAAGUUCAGAGUGAAGGGCCGAGUCCUGGUGGGGUGGUGUGCAGGGCCAGCAGGACGAGCCCGUCUGGAUGGAGUGAAACCUACCCUGAGCGGGUGGGAUAAGGUCUGUGUGCGUCUGUUCAUUGUCAUCUUUUGAUCAUCAUGACCAACGAAACAUUUA